AUGUGGACUGUUGCUCUCACCACAGUGUUCUUGUUCCUUGUAACAAAAUAUCUUUACCGUCUGUAUUUCCAUCCACUGAGGUCGCUCCCUGGACCAAAGUUGGCCGCCAUGACACAUUUCCAUGAGUUUUACUACGACGUUAUCCGAGGCGGCAAGUUCAUCUGGGAAGUCAAGAAGAUGCACGAGAAAUAUGGACCCAUCGUGCGGAUCAACCCACGAGAAGUCCACAUCGUCGAUUUUGCCUUCUAUGACGAGAUCUAUGCGGGAGCAGGCAGGCGACGAGACAAGGACCCGCAGAUGGUGGCAUUCCUCGCCUCGCCCCAUGCCGCGCUGGCGACGGUCGACCACGACCUCCACCGGUCUCGCCGCAAUCAGCUCAACCCAUUCUUCUCCAAGAAAAGUGUUAGUGCCUUGAUGCCUGUGAUCUACGGAAAAAUCGAUCUUCUCUGUGAGCAUCUCAUCAUGGCCGCUAAGGAGGUGGCAGUGAUCAACCUGAGCGACGCAUUCGUGGCGCUCACGGGCGAUAUAAUCACGCACUACCUGUACGGCCAGGACACCGGCUGUCUGGCAUCCAAGCAUUUCGAGAACAACGGCACCUGGCACGCAGUGGCCGAGAUCACGGACACCUGCCAUCUCUUCCAGUUCUGGCCACUGUUACCGAGGAUCCUGAAAGCCUUGCCCGGCCGGUGGAUUCGCUGGGUGAAGCCCAAGCUCGCGGCUGUCUAUGAUAUGCAAGAUCGCAUUGCGCGGCAGUCUGAGGAAUGCCUGCAAUCGAACAGCAGGGAGAGACUGCGCACAAUUUAUGGAUGUUUGACGGACCCCGCCGUGCCUGUGGCGGAGCGAUCGCUGGCUCGGUUGCGCGAUGAAAGCUUUAUCUUGCUGAUUGGAGGUACAGAAACCACCGCGGCCACUCUGACGUUUGCAAUGUAUCAUUUGCUGCGUGACAAGGAGAUGUUCUUUCGGCUGCGCGAGGAAGUGGAGACGAUUGUGUCACGAUCCGAUGGCAGAGUCCCUUGGCCUCAGGUCGAGCGGUUGCCCUACUUGGCGGCCGUGGUGAAUGAAUCGCUUCGACUAGGUGCGGUUGCAAUGCGUCCUUCGCGAGUGGCCCCACACGAGACCUUACAUUACAAUGGCUAUGCGAUACCUCCCGGUACCCUGAUGAGCACGAGCAGCUACUUCCUGCACCGCAGUCCCGAGAUAUUCCCAAAUCCCGAAUCCUUCGAUCCAGAACGGUGGAUCACUGCGACUGAAAGAGGUGUGAAUCUCUCAAAGUAUCUGGUACCUUUCACAAGGGGCACGAGAGCUUGUGUUGGGAUCAAUUUAUCCUAUGCGGAGGUCUACACAACGCUAGCCACAAUCGUGUUUCGCUUUGAUCUGGAGCUCUGCGACACGCCUCCCGAGAGGAUGGCCUUUACUCGCGAGAUGAUUGUGCAGAGGCCGGAGGAGGGGACGUGGACUCUCAAAGCUAGGGUUGUGGGAGCCCUAGAAGACAGGCCUUGA